AUGGUCAAUAGUAAGAAGCAUCAGAGGAGCAAGAAAGUAGCGUCGUCCUCCAAGGCGCCCCCCACCAAGGGUAGGACAUUUACUGGAUGCUGGGCAUGUAGAUUUAAAAAGCGCAGAUGUGACGAGAACAGGCCCAUCUGUUCAUUGUGCGCCAAACAUGGAGAUAAUUGCAGUUACGAUAUCAGACUUAUGUGGUUAGAGGAGAACAUCUACAAGGUACGCAAGCGUUCACUGAUCAGUUUAUUGCAGGCUCGCAAAUCGAAAUCGAAACCGUUAUACCAGAAAAUAUCAAAAUCCAAGUUCAAAGAAAUGACCCAUUUUAGACAACUAUCACCCCCAACAAGUGACUGCGAGGACAGCACGCAGGAGCCCCGUAAGGAAGCUACGCUUCCUAACGAUAAUACGUUCACCAUAAGCGUACGGAGAUUGAAGAUAUACAACAAUGCUGUGGCCUCUGUCUUUGGCAGCACGACGAAUAGAGAUUAUACCCAAAAACGCAUAGACAAGAAAUUAGACGAAUUGCUGAAUAUGGUGGAAGAGGACAUAUCCGUUGUUAACCCCAAUUGCUCCAAGCACGGGCCCUAUUCAGUUUUCAGGGCCAAUCCGACUGCAGCUGCCUCUACUGUUACGGGCCAGCUGCCGUCGCCAGGUCAUUCCAUGUCAUCGGCGGAAGAAACCACUACUACUAUGCUGUCUUCGCCGCCAGAGGACAGCACCUCCUUGAUCGAUAUAAUCCAAGGCAAAAUCUUUGGAAUCCUAUGGUUUAAUUGCUACGGAAAUAUGAUAUUGAACCGACAAGAAUACACGACGUGGUUCAUCAAUAAGAUGAGGAACUCAUUGACCACGGAGUUUAUACGCUUCCUGGGGAAAAUCAUUGACGACCCGGACAUCAAUAUGGCCUCGUGUCUGUUCAAAGAGUGCAUCACUCGUUGGAGUUGUGUCGAUUGGCAAUCCAUAGCUAUAACAAUGCUGGUCAUCAUUCAUGGUUAUACCUGCCCCAACUUGACAAAGCUUCUAAGAGUGUGGUUUCUUCAACAAAAAUUAUUAAGGUUUUCAAUGUAUCCACUAGUCAACUUCAUCAUAAACAACACGCAAGAUUUAGAUGUCCUGUACCAUUGCAAUGGAUUGCUGGGCAAUGCCGACUUGUUCGAGGAUCCGUACCAGGACGAACUUACAUCAGAGUUACAUGUCUUGGUCACGGAGCGCCUAGUGAAUAGCUGGAAGGAUACGAUAUUGCAACAACUCUGCUCUUGCCAAGAUACUACGCUUUCAUGUUCCCAACUACGGUACUGGCAACUACAGCUGAAGUGUAAUGAACAAUUUUACAAGGACGUAUAUGCUAUGCAGGACUAG